UAUUGGUUUUAUCCGCUCACUUUCAAGACUGGAUUACAAUUCGUAGCUCAGUACACGCCAUUUGUAAUGGAUAAUUAGUGUCGACCUACUUGUUUUAAAUUGCAUUCGUAGCGAAAAUAGUGCAGGUUAUUAGUAGCUGUUGCUGUUUUUGUUUUCACUUCCAUAAGAAAUAAAUACAUGUAAAAGACUGGGCUAUACAGAAUUGAAAAAUGGAGGACAAAGGGACUGCCGAUAAAUUCGUGUAUCCACCUUUACCAGCAGAGCAAAAUUCCGAAGAAACUCACGAGAUGGUAACUAACGAAAAUCAAGAAUCACCGACAGAAAAUGUUGUGAAGUUCACCCCGACGGUUCAACAGGGUGAAGUUCAAAAAGUUAAUAUAUUAUUUUGGUGUAACUUUAUAGGUGUCCUUCUGUUGCUAGUUGGAUUUGUCGCCCCUGGUUGGUUGACAGUAACAGCUGAGCAUAAAUUAAAAUAUAUACCAAGCAGUUGGUCUGGGAGGACUAUACACAUACAAGAUGUAUACCAGGAUUAUGCACUUUGGUAUGUCAUCCAGUGUUACCCGCAUGAUGGAACCAACAUUGAAUGCGAGACUAUGACGUACAGAUCUAUAAGUGGCAUCUACGCAGACGAAGUUACCAGUUACGAAAAGCUAGAAAUAGCUGAGCUUAAAAAUGAGGGUGGUGACAAAUUCAUGUUUCAUGGAGUAGCACUCAUUUUUGGCUUUUCCAAGUUUGUUCAGAUUCAAGCACUGUACACAAUGGCUUUACUGAUAUCGUUCGCAUUGCUCUAUGCAUGGUAUGACCUUAGAAAAAAGGUUGUAAAGGGCACAAGUAAUGGUCCUAGCAAAUGGAUGUGGAUCUUUCUGAUACUUUUGACAAUUCUAGCCAUCGUUCUUAUUUUCAUUGGCGUGUUCAUAUUUGUUGGGGUUCUUGGUGAAUUUGGACCUACUGUGGAACUUGGCACAGCAUUCGGACUGUUGUUUGCCGCAUUUGGAGGGUGUUUCCUGGGCGUGGUUUUCGUGACGGAGCUUGUACAAGUUCUCUGUUGUAGUAAUUUUGGUACCUAGUUAUCAUCCAGUUCAAUAAACUUCAUUUAAGAUCUAUUGUAACAAAGAUACUUUUUAGUAAGACUUCUUUUCACAGUGAUCAACUAGAAGAAAAAGUUAUCCUGGUCGAUUCUAUAGUAACUAAUAUAGCUAGUAUUCCUUAAACUUCUAAGUGUUUAUUUUUACAUUGACUCAAAAGAAAGCGAAUAUGUAAAUUGCCAAUAGCUUUUUAUGUUUGCCAUUCAAAAAAAAUACAGAAACGAUAAUUACGAAUAAAAUGAAUAUAUUUUAAAAUAGAGUAAGAUCAAUAUGUAACCUGCUGAGAAUUAUUUUGAACCCAAAUCAUUUUAGUCAUGAGUUAAUCAAUGGAAAAGUGAGAUAUAUAAUGAGAUUAUAUUAUGAAAAACGGUAUGUAUGUUCUCAAACAGUUAUAUUCUUUUAAAGUAAUUUCAAUUUUUGCCAGACAUUUUAUUUCGGUCCAUCUUUUUUAAUUGCCUGACAGCAAUAUUUGUAUCCCUUUGAUAAGAAUUGUCACGUGGUAUAAAGUAUUAUCUGACAUCUAUUUACUAUAGUUGUGACUGUAUAGAAUAUAGAAGAUGGAUUAGAUCAUUGAUCUACACAAAAUGUUAGUAAUAUCAUAACACAUGAAGAGAGAGAUAUAGUUAAUUAGUGUCCAGCUUUAUUUGUCAUCCACUUCUAACACUGUAUUUCUUAAAAAUUCUGUUUGUUAAUAUUCAUAGAAGAACAAAAGUCGAUACUGUAUCAUAGUGCUUUAUAUAACUGCGUUCGUAAAUAUAGACAGGUAGUGACGUAAUAAAGUGAGUAUUAAUGAAGCCAAAUAAAUACUUGACAUUAAGUGUGUUAGUAUUCAUCAUAUUCAUACAUAUUUUAAAGUUUAUAUGCAUGUUAAAAGUAAUCAUUGUUGCCUUAAAGUAUUUUCUUCUGUAAUAUUAUUUUCAGGGAAGGGCUUAAUCUAAUAUGUUGCAAGAGCUUGUUGCCCCACCCAUUUGCAUUUUGAUAUAUAAUCAUUAUUUGUAUGAUAUGUUUGUAAACAUGUAUUUAAUGCAAUAAAAUAUGUUUAAACUAGUAUUCAUCCGUAGCUGUACUACAGAAAUUAGAAACGUUCUCCUGCCGCUAUCGCUCCCGUCGAAGUUUCUAAUUUCUGUAGAACAACACAGGUGAACACUAACAAAUACUUAGCUACAUAUCAUGGAAUUUGGUUUUAUACGUGUCUUUUUAGUUUCUUUUAUUUUAUAUUUACGAUGCAAUCUUGUCGUGGACGAACAAUAUAUUACUAUUUCUAAAACAUUUAUUUUCAUGUAUAAUUUUCCCGUUAAUUCUUUUAAUGUUGUUUUAACGUUGUUAGAUUUGUUUUUUGUUGUUGAAAUAUUUAAGUCCAAGAUGUAGAAGAAAUUAAAUUGAUCUCUUUUUCUCUUCUUUAGUGUACUAUUUGUAUUUCAUGCAGGUUUCUAGUUAAGUUUGUAUUGAAGCUUCUUUCGUAAAUUGUAUAUUUAGAACGUUUCUCUUUAUUUCAUUGAUAGUGUAUUGCAUUGUAUGUCAAUUUUAUAUUUCGUGAUUUAUAUUUUUAGCUCACCUGUCACAAAGUGACAGGGUGAGCUUUUGUGAUCGCUUUUCGUCCGGCGUCCGUCCGUCGUCCGUCCGUCCGUCCGUCCGUCGUCCGUCCGUAAACUUUUACUUUAAAUGACAUCUCCUCAUAAACCACUGAGCCAAUGUCAUCCAAACUUCACAGGAAUGUUCCUUUGGUGGUCACCUUUAAAAAUUGUUCAAAGAAUUUAAUUCCAUGCAGAACUCUGGUUGCCAUGGCAACCGAAAGAAAAAACUUUAAAUAUCUUCUUUUAAAAAAAACAUAAGAGAUAGAGCUUAGAUAUUUGGCAUGAAACGUCUUCUAGUGAGUUAUUACCAAGUUUGUUCAAAUAAAAGCUCUGGGGUCAAAAUUGGCCCCGCCCGGGGGGUCAUUGAAUUUCCCUAUAUGCAUAUAGUAAAAACUUAAAAAAAUUUCUUUGAAAGAACCCAAAGAGCUGGAGCUAAGAUAUUUAGCAUGAAACAUGUUCUAAUGGGUGUCUACCAAGUUUGUUCAAAUAAAAGCACUGGGGUCAAAAUUGGCCCCGCCCCGGGGGGUCAUUGAUUUUCCCUAUAUGCAUAUAGUAAAAACUUAAAAAAUCUUCUUUUAAAGAACUCAAAGAGCUAUGGCUAAGAUAUUGAGCAUCAAACAUGUUCUAAUAGGUGUCUACCAAGUUUUUUCAAAUAAAAGCCCUGGGGUCAAAAUUGGCCCCGCCCCGGGGGUCAUUAAUUUUCCCUAUAUGCAUAUAGUAAAAACUUAAAAAAAAUCUUCUUUUAAAGAACCCAAAGAGCUAGAGCUAAGAUAUUUAGCAUGAAACAUGUUCUAAUGGGUGUCUACCAAGUUUGUUCAAAUAAAAGCCCUGGGGUCAAAAUUGGCCCCGGCCGGGGGGGUCAUUGAUUUUCCCUAUAUGCAUAUAGUAAAAACUUAAAAAAAUUUCUUUUAAAGAACUCAAAGAGUAUGGCUAAGAUAUUGAGCAUCAAACAUUUUCUAAUGGGUGUCUACCAAGUUUGUUCAAAUAAAAGCCCUGGGGUCAAAAUUGGCCCCGCCCCAGGGGGUCAUUGAUUUUCCCUAUAUGCAUAUAGUAAAAACUUAAAAAAUCUUCUGUUAAAGAACCAAAAGAGUUAGAGCUAAGAUAUUUAGCAUGAAACAUGUUCUAAUAAGUGUCUACCAAGUUUGUUCAAAUAAAAGCCCUGGGGUCAAAAUUGGCCCCGCCCCGGGGGGUCAUUGAUUUUCCCUAUUUGCAUAUAGUAAAAACUUAAAAAUCUUCUUUUAAAGAACUCAUAGAGCUAUGGCUAAGAUAUUGAGCAUCAAACAUGUUCUAAUAGGUGUCUACCAAGUUGUUCAAAUAAAAGCCCUGGGGUCAAAAUUGGCACCGCCCCGGGGGUCAUUGAUUUUCCUUAUAUGUGUAUAGCAAAUACUUAAAAAAUCUUCUUUGAAAAAACCCAAAUAGCUAGAGUUAAGAUAUUAAGCAUGAAACAUCUUUUAGUGAGUGUCUACAAAGUUUGUUCAAAUAAAAGACCUGGGGUCAAAAUUGGCCCCGCCCCGGGGGUCAUUGAUUUUCUUUAUAUGUGUAUAGCAAAAACUUAAAAUUUUCUUUGAAAAAACCCAAAUAGCUAGAGUUUAGAUAUUAAGCAUGAAACAUCUUCUAGUAAGUGUCUACAAAGUUUGUUCAAAUAAAAGCCCUGGGGUCAAAACUGGCCCAGCCCCAGGAGUGUCAUUGUUUUUAACUAUAUGUGUAUAGUAAAAACUUUAAAAAAAGUCUUCUUUUAAAAAGCCCAAUGAGCUAGAGCUUAGAUGUUUAGCAUGAAACAUUUUCUUAUGGGUGUCUACCAAGUUUGUUCAAAUAAAAGCCCCUGGGUUAAAUUGGCCCUGCAACGUUGGGGGGGGUGUUGGUUGGGGGGCCUAUAUACAGGUGAGCGACCUCAGGGCCAUCAUGGCCCUCUUGUUUUAUUUGGUAUUAUUGUUGUUGUUUUUAUAUAAACUUUUAAACAUAUAAAUUCUUGGCAACAUAUAUAAAUCUACGUUUUUCUAUUUUGAAAUAUAUAAUAAUGUUUAUGUGCUUUAUCUUGUACAUGUAUAUUUAUAUAUUGAAAGGACAUUUAUCUCGUUAUAAAAAAUAAUAUCUAUUUCCCAUUUAUUUCGUUAUUAUUAUGUAUAUAAAAGCAAAUCAUUUUUUAUGUUUAUCACCUUUAUAAAUAAGCGUUAAAGGUGCUUAAGUUAGGUCUUAUUUUUAAACUCACUCGAGUAACAGAUAAGCAAGAUUUUCGUUUGAAAGAAUUGUCAAAAUGUCACCGCUGUUAAGGAUAAUUCAAAUCAAUGAAAUAUCCUCUCAAUAUUUGGAAUGGUGACCUUGUUAACUCGUGCAAAAAAAAAGAAAAUAAUUUACAACUUAAAAAAAGAUAGACCUCUUAUCGAUGCAUACUAUGUCAUAGAGUUUUUUUUAAUCCGUCCGUUCUAGCAAAUGGUCAUGAUAUUAAAAAUAUCAUUAUUGAAAUAAUGUUUACUCGUAAAUAACUUUGGAUGAACGAGAGGUGCCUAACUUAUUUUUGAACAAAAGAAAUAUGCGUUCUGUAAAACACAUGUAUAAGUUUAUUAUGGCUUUUGUGUAGUAACCAUUUGCAUAAAUGUAGUUUAGCUUGGUUGUUAAGAUGGUACAUAAUAAAAUUAGUGACAAGUUGGAGGGUAUAAAUUUAGGACUUUUGAAGAUUAAUCUCAGCAACAGAAAUUUUCAAAAGGAACUCAAAAUAUUUGGGUUAUUACAUUCUUUGGGCUCAAUAAGGAAUAUUCGCUACAAAACGGGGUUAUAAUGCAGUGCCACUUUUCAGUAUGGGAAAUAAACAAAAUGACCUAUGGCGGUACAACCUGACGUCAUAAGGAAGGUUGGCCGUUUGAUCGCCAAAGUGAACUCUCCAACUCAAAGAGAAAUGAUUUUAAAAUUGGAUGUGUACAAGGACACACACACUAUAAAUAAAACAUAAUCAAUAAAAUUCUGAAACGAAAAUUACGGAAACAAAAGUGCAAAGUGUUGCAAAAGUGCAACUUAACUUAGCACAAAUUAAGAAGGUCAGCACCAGAUCUUGGAAAUUUUAUCUUAAACUGAAAUGCAUCCAAUAGAAAACCUUUGUCACUUCAGAUGAGGCUAUGAUUGAUAUGGGCGAAAAGAAGGUAUUUUAUAUCAGAAAGGGUGAAGAUCUUGGUGAAACACUGAAGUUUGUCAAACAAGAUGCUUUUGCCAGCGGUUUCAUGACAUGAGAUUGUGUUUCCUCUUGAGGGAAAACGGAGAUUCGAAUAAUAGAUAAAAGAAAAAAAAUGACCUCUAAGUACUUUAUCAACAAAAUGCUAAAGCGUGUUUCCCAAUAUAAUAUAUGAUGAACAAGAUCAACAAGGAAAGGCGGUGUUAAAUGAACGCAACCCCACACGACCCAACAACAAGAUUCAGCGGCAAGGAGCCCAGGAGGACCCCAAACAAAAACAUUACAGGGCGCAAGGCAGAAGACUUUCCCGAGAGGGGUGGAUGCAGGACAAAGGCCAUAACAUUCCACCAGGACAGUGCGUAUAGCCACACGUCUUAAAACGUUAUCUUUUCUCAAAGACUGUCAAAUUACUGUUGUAACCCCUGAAGAGUACAUAAUUGGACUUUGGUUUCUAGGGUGUGCUUAAACGUCGUCUGCUGCAGCGGCAAAUAAAAACGCUUGUCCCUCUCAAAAAGGCACUAAAGGACGAGUGGUGCAAACUUGACCAGGAAACACUUACUAUUGACAAAGCGUUGUAGGAUGGUGUAUAACUGCAAUCGGUGGCCUAUUGAACAUUUACUACAAUCAAUGCUAAGAACUGGUUGAUGUUUUUUGUUGAAAAGAAGUUUUCCUUUCCUUGAAAAAUAAGUUGGGCACCUCUCCUAUAUGUAAUGUUCUGAAAUAACUAAGAUAUUGUUUCUGUUACCACAUUUGCAUUUUGUAUGUGUUAGAAAUUGAAAAAAAAUUCUCAAAAUAUGUGCUUUAUAAAAAUAUUCGAAAUAGAAUAGAAACAAAUAUAUGAAAUAAAUUUGUGUUGUAGUGCUAUUGAUUUUAUAUUAUACGUACAAUUCUUUGAGUUGUGAAAUAAAGUAUUUAAAACGAA